AUGGGUCCAAAAAAAAGGGCCAUGUCUAUUGAAUUAAAGCGGGAAAUUAUUGAAAAACAUGAACAAGGUGUGCGAGUAGUGGACUUGGCGAGGAUGUACGAGCGUAGCACCUCAAUGAUAUGUACUGUUUUGAAGCAAAAGGAGUUGCUAAAGAGUAUAACUCCAGCUAAGGGCGUUGCAAUAAUUUCUAAGCUUCGGAGUUCUGUUCAUGAUGAGAUGGAGAAAAUAUUGUUGGAAUGGAUGGCCCAGGAGCAGUUUGAAGGAACUACUCUAACACAAAGCAUCAUAUGUGAAAAAGCGCGAGCGAUUUACGACGAGUUGCUUAACCAGAUGCCAAACAAUUCCACAAGCGGAGAACCGGAAGACUCAUUUAAAGCUAGUCGCGGCUGGUUCGACAAUUUCAAAAGAAGAACCGGAAUUCAAUCAGUAGCCAAACAUGGUGAAGCUGCGAGUUCGAACAUGAAAGCAGCUGAGGAUUAUUUCAAGUUUUCAGAUUUGAUACACACCAAAGGAUACAUACCUCAACAAGUCUUUAAAUGUGACGAAAAUAGUUAUGUAAAUACAGAAGAACAGGAGCUGAUAAAGGACAUAACACCAGCUAAGAGAGUUACAAUCAUUCCUAAUCUUCAGAGUUCUAUACACGAAGAGUUGGAGAAACUACUGAUGGUAUGGAUGAUACAGAAGCAGACUGAAGGAACUACUUUAACACAGAGUGCCAUAUGUGAAAAGGCGCGAACAAUUUAUGACGAGCUGCUUAACCAGAUUCCACACACUUCCACAACCGUAGAAUCGGAAGACUCAUUUAGAGAUAUACGUGGCUGGUUUGACAAAUUUGAAAACAGAACCGGACAUGGUGAAGGGGCAAAUUCGAACAUGAAGACAGCUGAGGAUUGUAUCAACAAAUUUUCAGAUGUGACACACACCAAAGGAUACAUACCACAACAAGUUUUUAAAUGUGACGAAACGGAACUUUUCUGGAAAAGACUGCCGAAUAGGACUUACAUAACGAUAGAAGAGAAGUCGAUGCCAGGUUAUCACCCCAUGAAUGAUCGGUUAACUCUAGCCCUAUGCGCAAAUGCGAGUGGCGACUAUAAAAUUAAGCCACUAUUAGUUUAUCACUCAGAGGAUCCCACAGCGUUUAAGACGCAUAGAAUUUUGAAAGAAAAACUUAACGUUAUGUGGAAAGCACAUCCGAAGGCGUGGGUUACCAGAAAAAUCUUUGUUGAAUGGAUAAACUUGGUAUUUGGACCUUCUGUUAAAAAAUAUCUGCUUGAAAACAAUCUACCGGUGCAAGCACUUCUUGUCCUAGAUAAUGGCCGUGCUCACCUGUCAAAUCUUGAAGAUGAUUUACAAAUAGAUUACAAAUUUAUAGAAUUUUUCUACCUGCCACCGAAUACUUCUCCUAUCCUCCAGCCAUUCAAUAAACAGGUGAUUUUCAAUUUUAAAAUGCUAUACAUUAAGCACAUUUUACGGCGUUGCUUUGAUGUGACAGACAACACAAACUUGACACUUAGAGAAUUCUGGAAAAACCAUUUCAAUAUAGUGAUCUGCCUAAAAAUUAUAAACCAGGCCUGGCAGGAUGUUACAACGAGGACCUUAACCUCUGCAUGGAAGAAGCUAUGGCCGGAGAUUGUAGGUGAAAUGGCUUUCGAAGAAUUCAAACCAGAAGCUGCGGUGGUAGAAGAAAUUGUAUCUCUGGGUAAAUCCAUGGGAUUGGAGGUCGAUGAGAAAGAUUUAAACGACCUGGUCGAGGAGCAGUCUCAGGAGUCAACAGUUCAGGAGCUAGAUGAGCUACAUUUACAGCAGCAAGUUAAACAAGAAAAUAUUUCCGAGGACGAACAAGAGAUGGAGAAUGUUAUGUCUACAGAAGACAUCAAGGAAAUAUUGGAAAUGUGGAACAAAAUUGAAAAGUUUGUGGAUAAAAAUCACCCCGAAAAAGUUGCAACUGCUCGAGCAUCAGAGUUGUUUAACGAAACAUGUCUAACUCAUUUCCGCAACAUCAUGUCGGAGAGAAACACACAAUGUCCAUUGGAUAGUUUCAUUAAAUGCGAAGAUCAAUAA